ACACCCUUUCGUCAUGGCUUCCUACGCUCCCGAUCGCAUUGACCCCGCAACCAUUGACUGGGCAAACCUGGGAUUUUCUUAUGUGAAGACGAAUGGCUGUGUCAAAUAUGUAUGGAAGGACGGCAAAUGGAACGAAGGGGAACUCCUCAAGGAUUUUAAAGUCACGCUGGAUGUUGCGGCAACGGUACUGCACUAUGGUCAGUCCUGUUUCGAGGGUCUCAAGGCGUUUCGUAUGAAAGACGGGAAGGUCCGUGUCUUCCGUCCAGAACUCAAUGCGCGACGGAUGAUAAAGUCAUGCCGUAGUUUAUGCAUGGCAGCUCCUCCGGAGGAACUUUUUCUGUCGGCUGUCCGUCGAGCAAUAGAGGCGAACAUUGAUUACGUUCCUCCAUACGGUUCGAAUGGAGCCAUGUACAUUCGUCCGUUUGUCUUUGGCUCAGGGGCUCAGGUUGGAUUGUCUCCUGCAAAGGAAUACAUCUUCAUAGUGCUGGUUAUUCCUGUUGGCGAGUACUAUGUUGGGGGAAUGGGUGCUCCGACGAAGGCGCUUAUAAAGCACAAACUUGACCGUGCUGCGACGUACGGGACGGGACAAGUUAAGAUGGGCGGUAACUAUGCACCGUCGCUGGGCCCUACUCUAGCAGCCAAAGAGAAGGGCUACACCGUCCUCUUGUUUUUGGACUCCAAAGAAAACAAGUAUGUCGACGAAUUUGCUACCUCUAAUUUUGCUGCUCUGACCGCUCCGGAUGCCAACGGUAAGCGGAUUUACGUCACUCCCAAGAGUACCAGCGCCCUGGCAUCGAUCACAAACCGUAGCUUGUGCGAAUUGGCAGCCUUGCGCUUUGGCUGGGGAGUAGAAAGGAGACGAGUACCAUGGGAGGAGGUGCGCUCGGGAGGUUUUGAAGAAGUAGCAGCGUGCGGUACGGCCGUUAUCAUCACUCCAGUGAGUGAGAUCCAUCGCGAGGUUGGUAAACCCAAGACAUCUGCGUCCGCUAAGACGAAGACGAACUCGAGCAGCGUAUGGGAUGAUGAUGAUGAUGAAGAAGAAGAUGUAGAGCUAGAUAUCGCAAAGGUGGCAGACCAAUCCAGCAAGUUUGAGGGCUUUAGGCAGCUUUAUGAUGCAUACCGGGCACUUCAGACUGGGGAUUUGGAUGGCUGGCAAACAUAUGGAUGGCUGUGGCCGGAGGAGGGUAUAUGAAACCUCACGACCAUAGAAGUUUGUAUUUAGAGCAGAUCUUUCCCUGAUUUAAGUGGGUGGGAUCCUGGUUAUUUGCCGUCGAGGGGGACUGAUCAGCGCCGUAGGAUACUAUUGUCAUUUCCUGUGGACGUUUAUUUACAUGGAUGGUGAAAAAGACAACCCAUUUCCUGUUCGUUGGGACUGCCCAAGUUGAUCGGAAUUUGUAUGCUGACUUGGCUGUGAAUCGCCAGGUGGACGUUUUCGCAAUUUUUUCAAUUCAUUGAACGCUUUCGUAAAAAAAGGGCGGAUCUCAUUCAGCUCCAUCAUCCCG